CCAGAGUGCAAAUAUAAGCUCGAGGCAUAAAUGCAACGGUGACAGCAGUCUUUCUAACUUAAUAAUCGACACGUUUUAAGAAGCGCAAGGCGGUGAAAACACAAGAGGCAUACAGUCUCCUUCUUCGGGCUGCGCUGGGGCGUCCCACCAGAGGAACUUAACGUUACCGUGAUUUGUCGCACACAUUCUUGCGGUCCGUGUUUGCUGGUACCUCUGUAAACAUCAUCAUUCCACUGGACCCUCGAGAGGUAAAGUCUGACAUUAUCUGAACUUGUCGCGCGUGCGUGGGCUGGACUGCUUAAGGCUUUUCUCCUCAAAUGAGGAAAGUUCUCGCUUUCUUCCCAUGAAAGCAUAGUCCCCGUAUUUGGUUGCCUCCGUCCAGGAGAAAGAAGUGCGAAGCGCGGAUGUGAAGAUGGAUAUUUGAAACAUAAAAUACGAGACACUUGUUUGCAACGGACGAUUUCUCUGAAGCCGCAUGUCUGCUUUAAUGCGGUGAAGCGAGGACAAGUCAGGUUGGUGAUUUUGAAGUCUCAAGUUUCUGCCGCCCUGGCCCGUGAUAUUAAAGCGUGAAUUUGACCUGGGAUAAGUUGUCAACAAGAGGAGUUGCAGAGUCAAACUGGCAGGUGUACAAGUUAAAUUACAUGCAUGGGCAUACGUUUAUCUCUGCACUAUAAAUAGAAUUCGUCUUAAGGACUAGACACCCCCUGCGCUCUUGCGUAUGCUUUAAACCACUCGUCUUCAUCGGCCAGCUUCAUCAUAAUACCAGUAAAACCCUCGAGUUUUCGCUUUGGCUGUUAGGGCAGGUGUCGUCGCAUGGACUGACAUGGCCACCGAUCUCGCCAUGAGCGCAGAUUUGCCCAACAGCCCCUUGGCUAUUGAAUAUGUAAACGACUUCGACCUCAUGAAGUUUGAGGUGAAGAAGGAGCCCCCGGAGGCCGACCGCUAUUGUCACCGCCUGCCACCGGGCUCGCUGUCAUCUACCCCUAUCAGUACACCCUGCUCCUCCGUGCCUUCCUCGCCCAGUUUUUGUGCCCCCAGUCCCGGGUCACAACCUGGCCAAAACUUAGGAAAUGGCAUGAAUAACAACAACGGUGUCAACAACAACAACAACAACACCCAAAGUUCCUCGGGCAAACCGCAGCUGGAAGACCUCUACUGGCUUCCCAACUACCAGCAUCACAUCAGUCCAGAGGCCUUGAACUUGACCCCCGAAGAUGCCGUGGAAGCGCUUAUUGGUAACGCGCACCACCACCAUCACCACCACCAGCCCUUUGAGGGAUUCCGCGGUCAGCAAUAUGUUGGAGAAGACCUCUCGGCGCCCACAAACGGUCAUCACCAUCCGGUGCACCAUCACCACCAUCAUCACCACGGGCACCACGCGCGCAUCGAGGACCGCUUCUCAGACGAUCAGCUGGUGAGCAUGACAGUGCGCGAGCUCAACCGGCAACUCAGAGGCUUUAGCAAAGAAGAGGUCAUCCGUCUCAAGCAGAAACGGCGAACCCUGAAGAACCGGGGCUACGCGCAGUCGUGCCGCUACAAACGCGUGCAGCAGCGGCACAUGCUCGAGAGCGAGAAGUGCACGCUCCAGAGCCAGGUGGAGCAACUUAAGCAAGACGUAACGCGUCUCAUCAAAGAGCGGGACCUGUACAAGGAGAAGUACGAGAAGCUGGCAAGCCGAACCUUUAACGGCGGGGGCAACGGCGGAGGGGGCAACACUCGGGACCCGUCCAACGGCUCUCAUGGCAAAACGACUUCCACGGAAUUCUUCAUGUGAGAGCUAUUCUUCUUAAAGACUUGUUUUUUCACACCGACGUAUUCGUUUUUAAGCCUUAGGAUAAAAGUUAAGUUUGAUUAUUUUCAGAGUGAGUUUAUUUACAGUUCUAUACUAUUAAAGACUCAGUGUACACCAUAGAGCAUAAAACCUACCAUUGCAUACUGCGGCAUAUUUAAAGUCAACAUUUCAUUGUUUGUGUACUUAUAUUAAUGCAACCUAAAAGUCUUAAGGAUAGUGUACGUUAGGAUUACCUUUGACACAUACUGCACGGACUGUUCUACUUCAUUUGACCUCCAUUCUUAAUAUGGGAUCACACGUAACCUCCAAAGGCCCAUCAGUUUUGGACUAUGUAGUUUUGUGUGUUGUUUCUUUAGUAAUAGCCAAACUGCAGAUAUGUGUUUAGAGACAUACAGCCGCGUCGCACACAGAUUUAAAACGGCUUCCAUGAUUAUUUUUCCUUGUCUUAACGGAUUGAAGUUGCGGGGGCGUGAAGAAAAUAUUGGAAAUGAGAUUUUUUCAAGAAACUUUGGAAGAAACAAUAAUACAAAGCGAGAGGGAUAGCAAUACAUCAUUGACUUUCUUUUGAGGGGACUUGUGAACCUUGAGGGCCCUCUAGCAUUGCUCAAGUCUGCAUUACCCACCAAUCCUGCAUGCGGGACAUGUAUGGUACUCCAAACGCGCCAAGUCCUCUCUGUCUUCCCCAUACAGCACUUGGAUGAAAAGCAUGGCCCUUAAUCACUCUUCGCUCUCUUUUGUUUCUUCUGCUCGACACAGACAGUCUAGUUACGCAAAAGGGACUCACGUAAACCUGCGGAAUCACAUGAAACCCAUACAUGAUUUUCUAUUGUUUAAAAGUACUAAAUAAGAGCAAACAAAACAAGAGAAAACGAACUGAGCCAGGUUUUAAGAGUUAUUUAUUUCCACUUGUACAUAUGUAGAGAUCAAUUGGUGUGUUCAUUUACCUUUCUUUAUAAAGUCUUUUUGCUUGAUUAUUUAAAACGUCUUAAUACAAUGUUUGUAUGUAGUAGCAUGCAAAUGACGAAGAUAUUCUCAUUUUAUUGAAUAUGUACAAUUUUAAAAGAAGCCUACUGCACUACGAAUUGGGAUUUAUAUCAAAUUUAUUUUCCUUUGAAUUGAUGUUAUGGUGGACAUACACACUCGAUCUAGUCGAUAAAGUGCAUCAUAAACACAGACUUAAAUUGCUGCUAAUAUUCUAUGCACCAUAAUUCGAAAGCAAUUACCAUAUAAACUCUGAUAAUCUGAAUUUUAUACUAAAUCCAAGUAUAUAGAACACUGUACGUGGACGUCAACAAUGAGCUCCAUCCUCUCUUUGAGAAAAAUGUUUGUCUUAAUGGGCAGGACAAUAAAACUUCUUCCUUCAAAUAUGUGACAACCGGUGAGGAGGGUUGGAUUACUUUUUAUGACAUGAAAACUGUUGCCUAUGCUGUAUACUGUAUUCAGCUUUAAGCAGUUGCCUGUUGUUUUGCAGGACAGCAUUAUGACGAUGAUAGGCUUCUAACAAUGCACAGUUAAUCUACAGGUGUCACGGAUUCAGUGCAAACAUAAUUCUAAAAUAAUAAAGCGAUUUGUGCUCAAAUCUGCCUAAGCAAUGAUGCGCGUUGUGAUCAUUUGAGUCUAUCAGACGCAAACAACAAACUUACAUUGAAUUUGCCAAAGUGGAUUCCAGGAUUAUCUAAUGCACGGAAAAUGUCUUAAAUCAUUUUAUUUUUUUCUUCCACCAUGUGUAUGCUUAGUUCCUUACAAAUAUAAAAUAUAUCGCCCAGACUUCUAAAUUGAGAUCACCAUGUAUGCUCCCUCACCUGGAUUUGUAUGUGCUCGAUAUUCUCACCUGAAAACAACUGUUAAUGUUUUUUUUCUUUUUUGAUUUAAUUAUGAUGCAGUUCGUAACGAAACAAUUUUUCUGUCUAAUGGUCUAAUUUGAGGCACCGCGGCUCGAGGUUACAUAACCACGUGUGCUGUCCUAUGUGCUGUCUUAUGUAGCAUAUAAACAAAUAAAAUGACAAAAAAUGUACAUAGCCUAUAAUUUCUAUAUAUUUAUCGAAAAUUAUAA